CGAUACCGCCGUUACGCAUUAACAUUCUACCUUUCUCUCCUGGUGAGCUUCGUGUCAAGUGGCCAUUUGCAUAGUCGAACGACCAUCUUGACAAGUGCCUGGGAGCGGGCUUGGAGGACGAUGAGAGCAGACAGGUAUAAAAGGGACUUUGGACAGUGUCGUCCAGCCUCAGCACAAACACCAACCCAGCAACGUAACCCACAAGCACAAUGCCAUCAUUAGCUGAACCCCCUUUCAAGAAGUACCAGGACUGGGAUGACGAUACCAUCAUCUCUGGUGAACGUGAGUACUCGUUGGUUUUGCACGGAUGCACUGUCACUCAUCCCCCCCCCUGUGCAUCAGACAUCAUCCGUGAGCAUUUCGAUUCACUCACUAUGCUGGACUGUGGCUGACCUUGAGUGGCUGAUUCUCACAGGCGCCAUCCAGGGAUUCGAAUCCAAUGUCAAGGUCAUCAAGACACAGCAGGGUGACGCUUUCGUCUAUGCUGUCGAAAGCAAUGACGAGAAUACCAAGACCUACAAAGUCGUUAUCGGUCCUAUCGAGAUUGACGUCACUAUCGACGUGAACAAGCUUACGAUCGUUAUCGAAGUCUACGUGACCAUCCCUUUCGUGGGCAAGGUUCAGGUUGCCAAGGCUGUCGGAAAUCUGCGCGACGGUGUCAAGCUUACCAUUGGAUACCCGCCAUUCGUUGGGGGCUCGUUGACUGUGAAACUCGACGGAAAGGAUGUCGUGUUGGAAUAUUCCAUCGAUGCCCUCGGAUGGAAUUAUCAUGGCAAGAUCGUCGUCUUCACUCUCCCCUGAGGAGUUGAAUCUUUGAGGUUUCCUCUUACACAGUGUAGGACAAGUAGACGAGGUAGAACGUAUUAUUAGCAACCUAUGUGCACCUACCUGCUUUAUGGAAUGUCAAUUAUUUUUGAG